AUGGCCAAGUCAUUGACGCAGACUUUAUGUUUAAUAUUGGUGAUUCUGAUCAGAUGUACUACUGGGAUCGCUAAAGAAGAGGAAUGUGUACAGAUCAGUUCGUGUUCUUGUCAAUUCUCUGACGGUACAACGAUAGACCUGUCACCGUUAUCAAGUACUGAUGUAAACACACCAAGAUUUUACGAUGUACCUGUAACCCCUGGCGGUGAUGAUAUGUUUUCCUGGAACCCGUGUGUGGAUUUUAUACAGCCGUCCAGUUCAACGUGUGAAGGUGUGGCUGUUUGUCACAUCCAUCUGGCGCCACCACUGGCCAUUUACUUCAAUCUGGGAACGACUGAUUCAGCUGUAUUCUCCACAAACGAUGCCGGACAGGUAGUGGUGUCCUACCAACAUAUUGACCCGGGCACACCAACAAUCCAACGGAGUUCUCAUAUCGCCCUCUUUUGCGACCAGACAGAGGAUGGGAAGUUCGUGCCUCUUUUUGAACUUGAACCCGGAAGUGGUGAAUUUCACUUUGAGCUCCAUAGUAAAUACACAUGUUACGGAGACAAUACCGACGAGGAUACGGAAGAGCCGUUCUCUGUGGGAACAAUAAUUUGUUUGUCGGUACUAGUGUUACUUCUGGUGUACGUCAUCGGUGGUGUGAGUUAUAACACGUUAUAUAAAAAGAAUGCCGGAAUGGAAAAGAUUCCAAAUGUGUCUUUAUGGCGGAUGUUACCGGGACUUAUAAAGGAUGGGUUUCUGUUCGUUUUCACGAGAGGUCGGAUGCCUGAAGGCUACAGAGACAUCUAA